AUCACAUUCCCAAAUUGACCCUAAUCUUCUCUCUCUACACUUUCUCUCUCUUCUUUCUUGUCACUAACAAAGGAGCUCUGAGAAUUGCGGACAAAACACGGAGAGGAUUUACAGACAUCCAUGGCUUGUGCAACAACAAGACCCACCUUUUCUUUCCAUUUCUCAACCACUUUCCCCCAACAUUCCCACCUAAAACCCAUAACCCAAUCCCUCCUCCCAAAGAUCCAAACAUUUUCACUCUCUCUUACUCAUAUCCCCUCAAAACCCCACAAGUUGUCUGCAAACUCCAUUGAUGUCUCAAAGGAAGACAAAAACUCCAUUGAUGUGUCAAAGGAGGACAAACCCACUUCAGACGAGCCCACAUCGCCCCCUCCAGCCUCCUCCGUAGACCCACCAGAGCCUGUGCCGGAGGAACUCGAAACGACGUUCGACAAGCGGCGGCUGGAGGAGAAGUUUGCGGUGUUGAACACUGGGGUGUACGAAUGCAGGUCUUGUGGGUACAAGUACGACGAGGCGGUGGGUGACCCGUCAUAUCCAGUGCCGCCGGGAUUGCCGUUUGAUAAGUUGCCGGAGGAUUGGAGGUGUCCGACGUGCGGGGCGGCGCAGGGGUUCUUUGUGAGUAAGAGUGUGGAGAUUGCUGGGUUUGCGCAGAACCAGCAGUUCGGGCUGGGUGGGAAUACACUCACUUCUGGGCAGAAGGCUGUGCUCAUAUUUGGGGGACUCUUCCUUUUCUUUGUGCUUUUCUUAUCUGGGUAUUUUCUGCAAUAAUCGAGGAGGUAUGGGGGUUUUUUUCUUUCUAAAUAGUGAAAAUAUAUAAUAAUUCAAUUCGCUUGAAAAUUCUCAGAGGUAUAGUGUCGUUUUGUUUUGUAAGAUUUGUGUAUUGAAUUGUGGCAACAGUGGAGGAAUUGUUCUCUCUUGUUACUUAAUGACAUACAACUCAGAACAAUUGGUAUUCAA